UAUUAGAUACAAAACGGCGUGAUUCGUUAAACAACAACAAAAGAAAGAGAAUAUGAAAUGAUCAUCGGGGCACAUAAAAGUACCUUGAUUUCUUCAAUCUGAUCUUUGUUACAUUUGUCAACUUUUCUUUCUUUCCGAAGUUUAAAAUCGCGAAUUUAGUCGGUAGCCAGUCUGGGAUGCCAUUGUCAAAUAUUGAUCAAAUUGCAUAUCGGCCUGAUAAGGGGAGAGUGUAGGGCAUUGGCAAAGAUGAAUAAAAUUUGCAGUUAUAAUUCUUGAAUUUCAGUGACAGAUGUGGACCAUCGAGAGUAGGACGGGUAUUCCUUUGGAGGAAGUUGCGUUUCCAUUUGCAUCAUAAUUAAGCAGAUAACGGAACUCCACUUUUUAUCUUACACACUGACAUAAGGGGUGAUUGGAAGUAAAAGGAGGGACUUUUAAAAAAAUUCGAAUUUAAAAAAAAAGACAGACAAAGAUAGACGGAAAAUUGACACUGGAAUAUCCAUUUCGGCAUGAUUAUGUGAAGAGUUUUACUUCCGUUAUAAAGGUGAGCUAUGCCGAUAAAGCUUGAUUCAAUAGUUAUGGAUACAGACCCCGAGUUCAGUCUUACCGGAAGUGAAUUUGAAGAUGCAGACAUCGAUGAUUUAUCGGAUAUCAAUGAAAGCGAUUUUGACCAAUGUAGUAUCAAAUCGUCCGACAGUGCACAACGGCCCGAUGUCAUAGAUGAUAAGGCGCCAAAAACAACCAAGGAUGAACUUAAAGUGCCGAAAAAACGGGGCCCAAAAAAGAAGAGAAUGACUAAAGCUCGCGUGGCAAAACUCCGCUUGCGAAGAGUAAAAGCUAAUGCGAGGGAGCGUAAUCGAAUGCAUGGACUUAACGAUGCGCUAGACAUUUUGAGACAACAUGUGCCUUGUUAUUCAAAAAACCAAAAGCUUUCCAAAAUAGAAACCCUCCGUCUCGCAAGAAAUUACAUCGGUGCCUUAGCAGAUAUUUUGAAAUCAGGAAUGAAACCAGAUUCCAUUUCGUUCGCCAAAGCUUUGUCAAAGGGGUUAUCUCAAAACACGAUGAAUCUAGUCGCCGGAGGCCUUCAGUUGAACCCCAGGACGCUCCUUCCCGAGUCAUCCUAUGGAAAACCGUUUCAGUUUUACUACAACAAUACGUAUCACAUUCCGCACGACGGGAACCAGUUUUCUAAUGUUUACAAUAUGCAGUCUUUUACCCAACCAUCUCCAAGCACUGCAAUAAGUGCCUCUGUUUCGCCAAAUCAAAUGCUUUCUUAUUCAUCCCAUAUCAAUUCGUCUGGACGAGAUCUCGCUUGUCAAGUAUCACCCACGUCUAUUGGUUACAAUGCGUCACGUGAUGCAAGUCCCAUCCAAGUCCCCAAAACUGGUGUGCCUUCUCUUCAGGUCGAGGCUGUUACGUCUACAAAUUUUAUGAGAUGUGACAGCACAGUUGAGUCCUACAUCUGUGGUAUGAACGGUAGAAAUCUGAACAAUAACAGAAUUUACCAACAAGGUCAUGUGACGUCAUCUCAGGAUUGCAGUCCCUACAUUAUGCUGGAUGAAAUAACAGAGUUCCAACCGGAUUCGACCGAAAAUCCCGAAUUAAACAUUAUCAGUGCAGCUUCAAACUUGUUUGACGUCACCGGUUAGAUUUCGUACUACAUGCUCUGCCUGAAUUUAAGAUUCAUUCAUUCUAUUUUUUAAAACUUUACAUGGAUGAUUUAGGAAUCUAAAUAAUUUCAUUCGUUCCACAAGAAAAGAGUCAAGUCGCCUAAUGUUGAUGCUUAAUACAUAAUUUUGAUGUAAUUCAUUACCUGAUACCUUUAUAACUCGUAUAUUGUGGUAUAAUGAUUUUAGAUAUCAUACUGUGUUCAGCAUAGGGGGGUUGAACUGUCAGUAAAGAACACGAUUACCUGCAGAACAGGUGUCACUGUGUUGUUAGUAUUUCUAUGCAAUUAAAUCAAAACUUCAGCAUUGCACUAAUCUUGCCAAAUAUAUAUGAUUUUUCGCGUAGAAAAGAUUUUUGAUCAUUAUACAGUGAACAGGGCAUUGAUAGUUUGUGUACAGUACAAGUGUAGAUACGUAUAAAAUGCAAGUGCUGUUUAAAUUUACUGCUGUCUAAUUUAUUAUAAAAUAUUGACUUAAACGGUUAGAGUGAAUUGUUUUAUAUAAAUGGAUAAAUAAGCUAGGUUUUUUGUUUUGGUAUUACAUGUAUGUAGGCGUAUAAACAACGGAGAACCAUCGGGUAAUUAGUAUAAUCGGCGAGACCGGAAAUGUGGAAAGUUUUUUCAUGAUUUCAAUGCUUUUAUCCAGACAUUCCAAUUUUGAUAUGGGAUUUCGUGUCAGGUUCAAAGGUCACUAGCGCGUCAUAGUAGUAGCAUCAGGAACUAUUUUACAAUGAAAAGGCAAAGAUUGAUUACUGAGAAAACAUUGUAUAUAUCAAUAUCAGAAAUGAAAUGAGAUCCCUGUGAAAGCACCAGUAGGCCAGGCCCCGGGGUCCUACAAGAAACUCCAGACGUCAGUCAAAUUCCAAUCACCUGUAAGAUGUUCAUAACUUUUGAACUGAAACUCUUAAUCUGCAGACAUUAGACAUUUGAUGAAGCAAUAUUGAAUAACAAUUUAAUUUUGGAAUGAUUGAUUUCUCAAUCAUUUCAUCGCAAAAUUAAGAUUUUGCGUUAAGAUGUCCACGAUCCUGGGGCUUAUUUGUUUGAAACAAUAAUACCUGUCAUUAAAUGCAUGGUGCGACUGUGUGGCAACGCUUAGAAAUGCAUAGAUUUGGGUAGUCCAGGGAGGGAGGGGGUAUGUUUAGCAUAUUAUUAAUGUAAUGUGAAUGAUACGAUUUUCAUUUAAUUUUUUCUAAUUGUUUCACGUUUAGGUUUGAGCACAACAUUCAACAAACGUCACGCACCAGUCUUAUUUUCUCAACGUUGUGCGUGGCAUGUUGUCAUAAAGGUGGUAUGGAGCGUCUGUAACUACCUGUAAUGUACGUGAAUAUAUUGAAAUUUUGUACAGGGUUAAUGAAAUUGAACUGUGUAUUUCAUAACAAUAUUUUGUGUACUGCUUUGAUUUUAUUGUUUUAAAAAUAGGAAGUAGUAGAAAUAUUAACUAUUUUAUAUCUAAUUUAUUCAUGGUGUGUCUUGAAACUUUUAUUGAAACAAUGAUAUCUUUUGUUCUAGUCAGAAAUAUUCCGUCUAAAGUCUAUGUGAUUUAGAUUUUGAAUAAAGUGAUUUUGUAUA